AGUUGUUUGAAGUUAAUGUACCUAUUGAUUUUCUCGUCACGCCGGGUUUCUCGGCAACCAGGGACGGACCUUAGUUAGCUAGAUUUUAGCAGCUGUUGGCUCAUGUACCCGUGCAUCACGACAAAGAACAUCUCAUCUGGACCACACGGACGUCUCUUUCAGCCUGUUCGAGAGAAAGAAAACGCUACCCGGGCCUGCAAACAUCACACAAACAAGUUUUUUUCGAAAUAUUGUUUAGAUUGCUCUUCGAAUAACAUCGACCAACGACAUAGUACCAGAAAUGCUACCAAAAACAAGUCUCUCCACAACGGCCCAUUGGAGUAGGAUAUUUCUAGACCUUGAAGAGACCGCAGAGUUCGAAGAGACCAGGCCGAUCAGCACUCGCGCCUCACGUACUCAUCGCGCCUCGCGUACUCCCCGCGCCUCACGCACUCUUUUCUGGGUCACAUCAGUAGAGCGUGGCCUACUUCUCGCCGCUCUUGCAAAGAAGCGCUCAGAAGUUGAUCUCCUCCGUACCGAAGUCGAGCACCGCCCCAUCACCGACGUUUCUUCUCUGCACGAGCCUAUCGGUCCUCCUAUCGUCGCGAUUUUCAUAGUAGCGUACGCGCUGGGCGACAUCCAGGCUGUCAUCUACCUUAUCAUCCUGUUUCUCGUCCCGAUUCUCAUUUUGGGUCUCUACGCGUCACUACUGCGGCUAAAGAGGCUAAAGCCGCAAGUCCUAGAUGGUAGCAUUGACAAGGACAGGGGGAAGGAGAAGAAGAGCGCAAAGGUGUGGGGGCCUUCGGCCGAGCAAUGGGAACGAAGAAUGCAGUGGGAAGCAGCGUGGUGUUGGAUAGAGCGCCAUCUGGAUUACUACGCCGACCACUUCAUCGCGUGGGAUCGACAUCCCGGAGGGACGAAGACCGCGGUUUGGGAAGAGCUUGUAAGAGUCUGGAGGGAGUGUGAGGAGCUGGAGUAGAGGGCGAGGAGACCUGAUCUGGGGGAAUGCAAAUUUCGUUGCGCCUCACAAUCUCGUGAAUCCGAGCGCAUCUAUUGAGGGAACACGAUAAUAUAUAUCGACGGGCAUAGUCAACAUUACUGGUCCCGCCAAUAUACGGCCUACCUAGCACCAAAACAGCUGGAUCCCAGCUACUGGCUCUGCUUCAGAUCCCACAAUUCGAUU